AAUCAACGGGAAAUGUUAUGGCAGUGAAGUCGGUCCGGCUGACUCCUACAUUCGGCAGUGGCAACUGGCAUUCAGCCUCUUAUAUGUUGCCCAGCAACUAGUAAUUAAAUAAUUUUAAAGUUACGACUCGCCCGUAAUACUCCUUUGUCUGAAGAAGGGCUCCAGUUUUUAUUAUCUUUGUUAGUUAAAUAAAAUUUUUCCUGCCGCUUAAACUCGUCAUGUCCAGCACUGGAGCUAUUCCACGCGUGAAAAAGAUUCCAAAUUCUUCUUUGACAAGUUUAAAGAGUCCCCCAGGAUUCCCAACAACCCUGCCACAUGAUGUUCAAAUUUUGGUUGGCCAGGAGGCAUCUGAGCCUCUUGACAUCAAGCUCUUGACCAUCAGUUCUAAUGGAGUUCAGACCAAAAUUCCAGCAUUGAGCAAAUCUUGGUGUGAAUUAAGAGAGCUGAUGAAGUACAGCCCCCCACCCCAGCACGGCUUGGAGCUCCCGGGUGCCUUGGAUGCCUGGCUUGAGCAGAUAGAGUUCUUCAGACAAGACCUUGAGUGGAUGUUAGCAUUGCCCCAUCACAAAUUUUGGUCCGAGCUGAUAUACUCGCGCAAGAUCCACAAGUGUCUGGUGUCAUACCUGAGCCAGGCACCACGCUGGUAUGAUGAAGGCUACCUCAACAUCAUGAACGACAUUCAGCACAGGAACAUCAUUGGUCCAGUGCUUCUCUCUGUGCACAAACUCGUAUUUCUGGUGCAUCUUAGAAUGUCUACUUAUAAGGAAUCUAAGAGUAAUCACAUAUCCGCCAGCGCAUUUGGUGAUCUUUUGUACGACCAUUACGUGCUUGACGUGUGCCAGCUGCUGGAUCUUUGUAGCCUCUACCAUCCCUCAGACUCAGCGCUGCUCUCUAAGGCCAUAUCUAAUGUCUUCACUCACCAGCCCAAGUACAAAGCCGAUCUGCGCCAGUUACUUGAGUCCGUCAUUAGUGCCUUGGACAAUGUCGAGGAGCAGCUUGCCGUGAGCGACGGAGGUGCACCCAUGAGCCUGAAACACACGAGCAGCAGUUCCCACAGUGCCGAGGAGCUACACGCCGUCCUCAUGUACCUGCUCGACACUUUUUAUUCCCUGCACAACUUUCUCUGUGUAUACCCUCAGUCGGCGACGAUCUUCCAUGAGUGCGAAAUGCACAUCAGGACGUGCCUUUGUUACGAACGAGUAAUUCCUUGCCUGAGCCACAACUCAAGCGCUAGAAGAGCUGAUUCUCCAGCAGAUGAAGAUAGCGAUUCUGGGUUCAGCUCUACAGCUGCAACCUUAUUGCGACUCGAGCAGCUCCGCUCCACGAUGCUUCUUACCUUCAGAGCUAUUAUCAAGAAUGUGUGUAUUGAUCCCAUCAGUGACGCCAGUGGGGCCGCAAGCAACGAAUGUUUCGAAAAAUAUCAUCAUAUUGUGUCUUCCUGUCUUGCGGAGAAACAUUUCAUAGCUGAUUAUCAUACAUCGUUUAACUUCUUUAAAGAUAUUGAAUUGUACAAAAAACACAACAUAGAUACAACUGCCGUCCACUUCCUAGAAGAUGCAGUGAAAGGCAUACUCAGUGAUAUGAAUAUAACAGAAAGUGUCAAUGAUGGAACGCUUGCUAACGGCAAUAAUGCGACAGUUCAUCCUAAAUGUAAAUUAGAAGAUAACAGCGGCAUGACGCAAUACGUCGCGACCGGCAGUACCGAAGUGGACGCUGUGCACCUAGCUGAGCUCGUGUCGAGCGUGCAAGACCUAAUGCCACACCUUGGGGCAGGCUACAUCGCUGCGUGUCUCAAACACUACAGAUAUUCCUCCGAGGAGCUCAUCAAUGCACUUCUUGAGGGCACACUCCCGCCCGAGCUUCUUAGCUUAGAUCCCAGCUUAUCAACUGCUCCGCAGUCUAUGCAGCUUACAGAGCAAUCUAAGCCUUCAAGUUCUGACAUGCCUGUUGCGGCCGCACCAGGUUAUCACUCUACAUACGAACAAGGCGAAGACGCUGCCAAGCUUAGUGUGCUCAACAGAGCCAAUAUCUAUAACGACGACGAGUUCGAUGUGUUCGGUGCCGGGCGUGUGGAUACGACCAAAGUUCAUCGCGGCAAGAAGAAAAAAGAUGCGCUCGAAACGGACGAUGACGUCAGAGAAAGAGUGCGCGCCUUAGGACGAAUGUAUGACGAACGACAAGGACGCAGCAUAUACGAAGACGAGGAUCCCGAGAACAGUCUUGUGCCUAUUGCUGACUACAACGACGAAUAUGACGAUACUUACGACGACAACGAAGCUGGAAAUAUGGAUGCCAACACUGAAAUUGCCAUGCCAAUCAGGAAGAGGGCGAUGAACCGACCACCACUUUUCAACCGUGGCGCCCUGAACGCGCCCCUCCAAGCAGACUCGAACUCUGAGAACGAUGAGGACUGCAGCACCGGCGGAGCGUCACUGGAGCAGAGCGUAGCGCUGCCUGCAGAGGAAGAUGAACUAGAGUUCGAGAGACGGAGAGGCUUGAGGAAAGGUCUUGGAGGUGCUCAGUUCAUUGCAGAACUCCGGGAGUAUGGAGGUGUGAUCAAUCGCAAGCCGUUGGUGCGGGACCGCAAUCUGCCCGCCAGCCACGAUUUCCAUAACAACAGGCCACGGCACCAGCGCUUCCUGCCUCGCGACUUCCACAGGGACCACCACAAGCCUGUCCGGAAUGACUGCAACGAGGAAAAUGCGUCAGAACCACAGGGAGUCAGUGCGGAUGAAGACGAUUUUAUCGAGGCCCCGACGGGAUCAGGCGCUCCAGAGCCAGCUGAAAAUGACUUGAGUUUCGUGCCUUUUUGUGAGAACCCUGAGGUGCUUCGGCAGCGAAUGGCGCAGAGGAAAGCUUCUCAAGACUUAGCUCGCAACCGACGAGGAAAUCGAGGGCAGCGCGACCAUGGACCCAUGCCGCCUCCUCAGCCCAUACUGUCCAACGGUUUCUAUGGAGGCAGCGAGGGCCUCACUAGCGGCGGUCUCGCCCCACCUGCAGCGCCGGUCGUAAAUGGCACCAGCGACAGCGCCGGUGCCCGCGGUGGCGCCAGACCCAAGACCUACACUAACAAGUCGGGCAAGUCCUGGCGCCAUGGAACUGAUGACGAAGCAAGGGGAUCACGAGGUGGCAAGUGGAAAGAAGAUACCAACCAUGGAAAGGCCCAGGAUCCAAAUUUUAGAAGAAAAAUGGAACAAAAGAAUAAAGCCAGAAAGCAGGCAGCUCAAAAUAAGUUCGAGAGGAACAACUAGCACUAAAUAUCUUAGACAAAAUCAAUUUUCUUAAGUAUUUUUGGCUGUUGUUUGUUAUUUAUUGUUGAGUGUAUAUACAUUCUCGCUCUCAACUUGCUUUUGCUGGUCGAUGUAGCAAACAAGUGUGGUGAUUUGGCAAGUAGCUACUUCUGGCAACUAACUUGUGUUGCUCCUAUUUUUAGCACGUUUUUGACGUGCUUAUGUAAAAUUGUGGGUUUUUUUAGGAAUAUAAUGGUAGAAAAUAUACUUUUGCAUGAAGUUAGAAGAGCUUACCAAAUUUAUACGUCUCAUUAUUAGAAGGUAACGGAGUGUUGGCGUUUCAGCGCCUGUAGCCUCUUCGGCAGCACGUGCGUACUAAAAUAUUUUUGUACUGUUUAUAACGGAGUCGUCUCAUAUUUUGCGAAUGUAAGUUAUGGAUUUAUUUUUCUUUACAUUUUGGUUGGUUCAAACUCGAUCUUUUUACUUGUUCCAACUUCUUGUAGCUCUGACUUUGAAGUGGUAAAAGUACUUGUCAAAAAUAUUGAACUUCUAAUUUGAAGUAUAUAGUUAUAAUUCUGCCAGCCUGAUCACAUGAUUAUUUUAUAUUGUUUUUAUAUGCCGAUAUCUUCGAAGAUCUCUUUACGGCCCUAAUUUCAAGCAAAUUUAUUGCGAUUAUAAAGCUUAACCACCCUAUUUUUUAGCAGCUGCUUAUAAACAAUUCAUCUCCUAAAGUAGACGAGCAUAACAUGCAUGUUAUUAUCGGAUGCGAUCAAUAUUGUGAAAUAAUCGAAGGCUCUUUUUCAUGCAUGUACGUACGAAGCAAGAAAAUACGGUUCCUCGAAAAUAUCAACGUGAACUCCAGGGUCGGUUGAAUGAAUUCAAAUGGAUCACUAUAACCGUGGCCACUUUUUUGAAGCUGAUGGUCAUUGAAAAAUUUCAGAAUUUGAAUGGAAAAAUUUUCCCGCCAAGCAACUGGAUACAUCCGAAACUUAUCUUCUGCUAAGUACUCGCUCCUGGUUGUGAUACUCACUAUUUUCAUUCUGUAACACUUUCUUUUCUUGAUUGUCAAGUUUUUCUUUCUUUAGUGUUUGGUUUUGCGCUCAUAAAGCUUCUUUUUGAUUUUAUGUUUUCUGAAAAUGCACAGUUCAGUGCAAGUGGUUGCAACACAUGAGCUCAAUUUUUCUUCUUGAAAUGCCCUUAAGCUGGAAACACGUUGCCCAUCGAUAGCACCAAUUUCAAGGCUUACCAAUACUUGAUCGUGUUGCCAAGCUUGAUAUUUCUGCAAGAAUUCGGCAUUUGAGCAUUUCUUCCUUUUCCAGGCUAUGUCAUGCACCUGGCAGGGGUUUUGAUAGUUUUUGAUGUUUUUUAGCGCAUUUUCUCAUUUAUGGAAAAAAUGCACUA